AUGUACUCGCAAGAUGAGACUGUACAUGCCGUACUCGCUUUCUACCAGCAGAUAAUCAGGCAUCCAUAUCUAAACGACCAAGCCCUCAUUGUUCCGCCCGCCAGUGGGUGGGAAUCUGAGGAAAUCGACGUGCUCAAAGACAGCGGCAAGAGCGAUGUUGUCGUCGAACUCGCACGUCAUCUACCUUACCUUCGCUCUGUGAACCAUGGCGACCGAAUUCUGCUGCAUUAUGAGACCUGUGCCAUAUGUUACGCAGGAGGCACACCAUGGAGCAAUACCUGGAUGGACGAAGUGUAUCCCGUUCCUAGCCACUGUUUGUACUUGACCGAAGGCGUAGACAGAGAAGGAUAUUCGCUUAUCUUGGACACCGAGCAGGGUACCGUGACCGCAUUCAGUAUCAUGCAAUACAGUCUCAAUUCAAAUUUACCUUGGGACGAGUCGGAGGCCAUACCGAAGACUGAACGAUGGAAAUGUCAUCUCACCCUUCCAGUCAAGGAUUUCUUCGACAACUGGAUCAGGAGAUACGAGAACCUUGUAUUCAUGCUAACAUCUGACCCAAUUAACGGCCCCACUUCUGGAGCUUUUCACAGUCGGGUCAUCAGACCGAAAGAUGAAGAAGAGCUUGAGGCUCACGGAUUGACAGAAUGGCAUCCAGAUCUCAGUGACCAGCCUGUGCAUCUACACGCUGGCUCGCUGGUCACAGCCGAGAUUUACAAGACUUACUUGGAUCAUGGCUGGCCUUCAAAUUUCGACAAAGACAGUUGCAGAAGAAAGGUGCUCCGGCUGCUCAGGAAAGAACACAAGAGAAUGUUCCGUGAAAUGGAAGGCGAUGAUCCAAGGCCACGUUCUGAGGACGAAAUGACACCUCCUCCACAGGUCCGUAAAGCGACAGGCGGACCUCCGCCUAGAAAGAAGCUCAAGACCGAGGAAGAGAACGACGUUCUCGGCGCGCCCGCGCCGUAA